UUUUAUCAGAAACUGCCUGCAAUUACAUUACAAGCUCUAUAUAUAUAAAUAGAGAGAGAGAGAGGCAUGUCGAAGAAUGAACACCUCCAAUUGGCGGCCUCGCUUCUCAUAUUUUCAUGUCUUCUUCAUGUCUGCUCAGGAGAUAUUGGGACAGCAGGCCAAUAUGCUCCCCCAUAUCUGCCAACUGCCUGCUACGGCAACGAUGUGUCUAAGUUCCCAUCAAGCAACUUAUUCGCGUCAGCCGGAGAUGGGAUAUGGGACAAUGGAGCAGCGUGCGGCAGGCAGUACUUUGUCAGGUGCUUGAGCGCACAAACUCCGGGGAUAUGCAAAGCUGGUCAGAUCAUAAAAGUGAAUAUUGUGGAUAGAGCCUCUAGGAAUGGAGUGAUGCUUGUUCUUUCUACUAUUGCAUUUGGGGCUAUUGCUAAUCCUUCUGCUUCUUUCGUUAACAUAGAGUUUGCCGAAGCUUGAGGGUUGCAAUGGAUAUUAAUGCGGAUAUACAUCUGGGAGCUUUUUGUAUAUCUGAUGGCUUGAGGGAGAAGGUUUUUUGCUUUUUGUUAUUGAGGUUUCCAUUCUAUGUCUUUCAAUUUCGGUUUCUGUGAUCACAUCGCUGUGUUUUUUUUGAAUCAAUGUAAGUGGAGUUCUUUUGAGUUUUUGAAAGUUGAGGAAUAUCCAGAGGAUACGCUUUUCCGAUGAGCGGUAGAAGCAGAAUUCUUUAUAUAUAUAUAUAUGCUUAUUGGAAAGAUGUAAUUCUUUAUAUUCCAACAUUAUACAAUGCAACCUUAGUAGAAGCAGAAGUUCUAUCAUUGAAA